GGGCUCAGCACCCCCAUCCCGGGGGGGUUUGGGCCUCUCCAAAGGCUGAUCCCGGUGCUCCCGAUGCUCCCGGGGAAAUGGGGGGGGUCCCCUGGGAUUUGGGAUUUGAGGGGGGGUCCCCUGGCAGGGAGAGAAGAACCACGGCUUCGACGUCCUCUACCACAACAUGAAGCACGGGCAGAUCUCCACCAAGGAGCUGGCUGACUUCGUCCGGGAGAGGGCUGCCAUCGAGGAGAACUACGCCAAGGCCAUGGUGAAGCUGUCCAAGAUGGCCACAAACGGGACCCAGCUGGGGACGUUCGCUCCUCUCUGGGAGGUUUUCCGCAUCUCCUCGGACAAGCUGGCCCUGUGCCACCUGGAGCUGAUGAAGAAGCUGCACGACCUCAUCAAGGAGAUCUCGCGCUACGGCGAGGAGCAGGGCCGGGUGCACAAGAAGUCCAAGGAGGAGGUGGCGGGGACGCUGGAGGCCGUGCAGCUCCUGCACGGCGUGGCCCAGCUGCUGCCCAAGUCCAAGGAGAGCUACCACAGCAAGUGCCAGGAGUACGAGCGGCUGCGCAAGGAGGGCACCAGCCAGAAGGAGAUCGACAAGGCGGAGCUCAAGUCGCGGAAGGCGGGCGAGGCGCUGCGGAGGGCGGUGGACAAAUACAACGCGGCCCGCGCCGACUUCGAGCAGCGCAUGCUGGACUCGGCCAUGCGCUUCCAGGAGGUGGAGGAAGCCCACCUGCGGCACAUGAAGGGGCUCAUCGGCUCCUACUCCCACUCCGUGGAGGACACCCACGUCCAGAUCGGCCAGGUCCACGAGGAGUUCAAGCAGAACGUGGAGAACAUCGGCACGGAGAUGCUGCUCCGGAGGUUUGCCGAGAGCAAAGGCACAGGGAGGGAGCGGCCAGGAGCGUUGGAUUUCGACGAGUACCGGCUGGCUCCAGCGCAGGAAGGCAAGACCCAAGAGGAGCCGGAGCAAAGCGUUCCGGAUCCCGGGAUUGAGCCGUAAGGAGCGGGAGCGUGAUGCUGUGUAAGGGCCUGAAUCCUGGCGUUCCUGCAUCCCAG